UCCUCUCGCCCAGUCAGUCGGGUGCGCGACAACAGCAGCGCCGCUAUCGACAAGCUUGACUACACGCCCGGCGGCAAACCGCUCCUCCCCCGAAGUCGCGAUCCUAGUCGAAGUCGACACUCCGCCGCCGCCACCGCCGCCGCCGCCGAGGAAGAUGAUGAAGAGGAUCAACACAGCUAUGCAGGCAGCUUUUUUUCUGACAUAGCCCAAGGUAUCGCCGACAAGGACCGCGAGCGCCUGCGAAAGGAGCUCUGGCGAUAUGGCUCGUUCGCGUGGGCCCUGAUCAACACCUUGGGCGCCGGCAGCAUUACUGCCUAUAGUCUGUAUGCGCCACUGUUCCAGCAUCGCCUUCACUACAGUCAAUUGCAGGUCAAUGGCAUCAGUAUCGCGGCAGAAAUUGCCAUGUACUUGCCGGUGCCGCUCUGGGGCAUGCUCUGUGAUCGCUGGGGCCCGGGAAUCCCCAGCGUGCUGGCAGGAGCUUUCUUUGGGAUGGGCUAUCUGCUGGCCGCGUUUGACUACCAGAGUGGUCCGCCGUCUGCGCUGGGUGGGACGGGCUGGCCGUACGGCGUCAUGGUGCUGGCCUUCGUCUUCAUUGGUAUGGGCACGAGUCUGAUGUACUUGUCCGCAGUAACGACGUGCGCCAAGAACUUUGGGAGAGGGAAAUACAAAGGCAUUGCGCUCGCACUGCCAAUUGCCUGCUUUGGCUUGAGCGGCAUGUGGCAGGCACAAGUGGGCAGUCAGCUGCUGUACGAGACGAAGAGCGAUGGCUCCAAGGGCGAUGUCAACGUGCACAAAUUCUUUCUCUUUCUGGGGAUCCUUUUGCUCACAACAGGCGUAAUUGGCAGCUACGUCCUGCGCAUCGUUGACGAAGAGGAACUGAUUGAAGAUGCGGUGGAAGAGCUGGAGCAGAGCGGCUUUCUUGACGAGAGCGAAUAUUUCCAUCGCUUACUGCAAGAGCGGGAAGAGCAAGAAGGCUAUGGCACAUUAUCCGAUUCGAUUGUUGAGGAGAUCAGUCGCAAAGCUGACCAGCUGAAAGCUAAGAAAGCGGAAGACGCCAGGAGGAAAACGUGGCUCCUCAACGCCGAAACACGACGGUUUUUGGGUGACAGAACCAUGUGGUGGCUUGCUGCGGGUUUCUUGCUAGUUACCGGCCCUGGAGAAGCAUUCAUCAACAACCUAGGCACUAUCAUCGACACCCUCUACCCACCAAUGUCCGUCCCUGAGGGUGGCAACCCUACAAGUGCAGCGACCCAUGUCUCGAUCGUAGCAGUCAUGUCUACAGUCGCACGUAUCCUCACUGGAACACUCACCGACAUACUCGCACCGACAUCAUCUCCUCAUCAGCACAGACGUGGCCCAAACAGCAUAGCAAACAGCAUAUCCUCCCUCCCGCCACCUUUGCCUGUUGAAAAGAAGCGUGUCGAGGUCUCCCGUGUCACCUUUCUCAUUGGAUUUUGCAUUCUCAUGAGUGUCGGCCAAGUCGUCCUCGCCACUGGCUUUGUGCAAGAACACGCGGAACGCUUCUGGAUCGUCUCUGCAUCGAUCGGUGCCGGUUAUGGAGCCGCUUUCAGUCUCACCCCAAUCAUCGUCAGCGUGAUUUGGGGGGUCGAGAAUUUCGGCACAAACUGGGGAAUCUGUGCCAUGAUGCCAGCUUUAGGAGCCACCAUCUGGGGACUGGUGUAUAGUGGGGUAUAUCAGUGGGCAGCAGGUCUUGAAACAGUGGAAUCGGGUGGAACUGCAGAUGUGGUCGAAGACAAACUGUGUUAUGGGGUGAAAUGUUAUGCGGCCACCUUUUGGGCCAUGUCAGUUUGCGUAUGGUUGGCUUGCGGACUUUGGUUCUGGGCUUGGAGAGGGCCUGGGGGUUGGGCGAGCAAAGGGGUCGCCGUGUAG